AUGCUGCAGCAGCUUUGUCCCGAGCAGACUGAGGUAAGUUCUAUCAACUGCCCUCAGGAGCUUGCUGCCUCAUUGGAACUGCCAGGCAACAAUAGUGCCGUCAUCGUGUGGAUUGCAAAGGAUGGCCUUGAGUUGGAGUGGAGGUGGCUAAGCGCGAGUGAGGUUGCCUUUGACAAUGUGACAGAUCAUAAUCAAGACAGACAUGUUUCAAGCUGCUUGCAGCAGUAG